AUGAAUCAUUUUGACGAAAACGAAUUGCAAUAUGUAAAGAAGCAAAAAAAAAUCAGAAAGUGUCACAAUGUGUGGCAAAAAAUAAUUAGAAAAAGUCUUGGAUGUACAAAAGAAGAAAUAAAAAAAAGUAUUGCAAAUAGUAAAAGGGAAAAGGAGAGAGUAAUCUCCAUUCUAUACGGAAGCGUUUUCAGAGGAGAUAAAUACCUCCUGUACACAAAAAAAUGGAGAGGAAACACAUUAAACGAAAUAAUCAAUCAAGACAAAAAAAAUUAUAUGAACUUGAAAAAUUUAAAAAAUGUGGACAGUAGCUACUUCUGCAAGUUAGCCUUUGGCUACGUCGAUCAGAAUGAUAGGGAUCAUUUUAAAAAAAGUGGACAAGUAGGGCAACUCAAAAAUUAUGACCCCAAGGGGAACACUAGCGCUAACGGAAACGGAAACGGAAGCGAUAACAUCAACGCUAAUGCCGUCUGUGGGGGGGGAACCGCCCAUGACCGUGACGGCGCAAUCGCCCAGCAGAGCGGCCACCCGGGAGGAGGAUAUCACAGCAACCGACCCACUAACCACAACAACGCCAAGAGAACACAACCCAACCACAGCAACAUAAUCACUAGAAAAAAAACACAGAACGCAGAAAAAAACACACCUAUUAACGAAAAAGAUGAAGUAUACGAAAAAUUAAACUAUUUAGAAAAAAGAAGUUAUAGAAAUAAAUCCAAGGUAGACAAUUACAACCAUCUCAAUGGUGGUACCAAUAGCAGCAGCUACUAUUACUAUAGUAAUAACUUCGGAAGUGCAAACGCUAAUUUUAACUCUGCCGGUAAUUAUUACAGUGUGGGAAGCAACGAUAGCAGUGCCAGAAAUGCCAACAGCCGAAGUGCAACUAGCCGAAGCAACCCAAACGAUGGCAGCACAUGCUUCGAACCCCAGUCGGAUGAAAACACAGUGAUUAAAUACAAGUAUCUACCCACGGGUGUAUUCUACAGUAGAGUGUCCCGAUCCUUUAUUGCUAAUUGGAUUGAUGAUAAAACGAAGAAGCAAAUUAAAAUGCCAUAUAAGAUAGCCGAAUUCGGGAUCGAAAAAUGUAUGAUCUUAGCUAUCCUUUCUAGGAACCUUCGUAUUAGUAACCUUAACAACGCCCUGAAAUGCUACGACAGCUUAACCCACGAGCAGAAGGAGAAGAUGCUCCAAGCCAUUAAAAGCACGCAGAAGAGUGAAAAACUCUUUAACGAUUUGCUUAAACCCAGCAUGAGGGACAUGUCGGACGGGAGGGGCACGCCAAACGGGAGGGGCUCACCAAACGGGAGGGGCUCACCAAACGGGAGGGGCUCACCAAACGGGAGGGGAACUCCAAACGGGAGGGGAACUCCAAGCGCUCUUCACAGUAGAGCAUCCCCAAACGGCGCAGCGGAGGGGCAGACCAACCAGGUUAACGUCCAAACUGACUUGCUAAGCGGACAGCCAGACGAGCCAUCUUCCCAAAUGGACCAGCUAAUCGCUCAACCCAACCAGCUCACCUCACUCAGCAGCAACUCCCCGAACAAACACAACGAACAGGAACCAAAACACACGGCGGUCAAAAAAACAGGUAUCGAAAAAAAAAAAGUUAAACAGUCCUACAAUAACUCGGAAAAUUUACCCACCGGUGUGUAUUUCUAUCAAGGCUCAUAUGUAGCCAAUUGGUGGGAAACACAACAAAAGAAGCAAUUCAAAGUUCCUUUUAAAAUAUCGGAGCAUGGAAUAGCAAGAGCCAAAAAUCUAGCCAUCAUUUCCAGAAUUAUCAGAUCAUCCUCUGUGCAAGAAGUCAAUUUAAUUUUAUCUCAAAUCGAGCAAACAAAAAACAUCACAAA